AUGUCCAGCGCUGGUCACCCCUCGCAGUCCGCCUCGUCCGUUCCUACCCCUCCGCCGACCCGGCCCCCCGUCAUCCCCUCCUCUUGGCUGACACCGUCCGAACAGAGGUUAUUCUUCACAGCAAUCUUUGGAUUGAUAGAAAUAUCGAAAAUAUGGGAUACCUUUUCACCAUUACUUCAUUUGGAUAUAACACCUACAUGGUCAUCAGGGUUGAGGAUACAAGGUCCAGGAUCAGUGAUAGGAUGGACGAUAGUUGAGAUUGGUGCAUUGUGGUCUGUGGGGCUGUUGAGAAUACCAAUGCUCUCUCCUUCAUUAGGCCAACUGUCGAAAUUAGGACUAUUGAGUGGAUUGGUGAAUUUAGCUUGUUGGUUGAUAGUUGAGCCAAGCGCUGCUCUGAUAAGUAUCAACGUAGUUGGUCCUGCCGCAUUAGGUGGAGAAUGGUAUUGGAAUUGGGUAUAUUCCCUCAAACGAUUUAGAGAACCAUCACAUUUAGAAGGUAUACAUAAGAUCAGGUUAUUACCUUACAGCACUGCAACACUGAACCCGCUUUCCCUCACAUAUUGUAUACCUCCCGAUUCUUCUCAACCACUAUACAUCCCUAUAGUAUUCAACAAUUCGAUUCCUGAUGAAGUAUCGUAUUUCGUUCGAUCACUCGAGACUGGCCAUGCGACGGUAGAGAAAAUAUCAGGAUCUCAAAUGAAACGAUCACCUACAAGACCAGGUAGAUUACGUAUAACGAACGGAGAUGAAGACGACAAUCUACAAGAUGAUUAUGAUGAUGAUGGCGGCGAUUACAUCACACAACCUGAGACAGAUCCAUUAUCAGCUUUGGUCUUACAUUCAGAUGGUCAACAUAUGAAUACGAAUGGAUUAGAAAUUGACAUUACAAAAUUACCUUCUGUCAAACCUCCAGAUUCAAUGGCACUUAUACCUAGAAAUUUGGCUUCUUCUCAGAAUAUCCUUUUUAUCACAGUUGAUAAACCGAGUCUUGUCACACUUAAAUCAGUCACCGAUAAACGAGGCGAUAGAUUUCAUAUCACCCCGCACAAGGAAGCUAUCAUCAUCGAGUGUCCAACUGGCGGUCAAUUCAUCCAAGAUCAGAAACAAGAUAAAAUCAUAUUGAAAGAUGGUAGAUCAAAAUCACCCGAAUUACGAUGUGUAGGAGAUGAAGAAGUUACGAAAUUCCAAGCUCGUGGUGUUGGACCUUUGAAAGUAUCAUGGAGGAAGAAGUCUGGUAACAAGGUAGAUUCAGGUGUGAUAGAAGGUAUAGAAGAAGAUUUAGAACCUGUCAAUGAUGAUCUCGCUCUUAUUCGUCGUGAUAGAGUAUCAAAAACCCAUACGGUUCCUUUAAGGGUAUCUCAUAAUCAACCUGGUACUUUCACGCUUUCCCUAACGACUGUCACCGACGCGCUUCAUAACACGUACAACCCAGCUGGACACUCAGCAGAAAAAGUGUUCAACGUGAUAUCUAGACCAUCAGUUCGAUUUGACUGUCCUUCUACAGUCCAAUUACUUCAUAAUGAGAAAGCGAGUAUCUCUGUCCAAGCUGUUGUUGAUGGUAACCUCGAAAAAGAUUUAGAAGUAUUCUAUACUUUCGAAUCAAUCAAUGGUGAGAAGAGUAACAAGAAGAUCAAAUUAUCGAAAAAAAGAGAAGAUAUAAUCGUUUCAGAACCCGGUACAUACACCUUGAUCGACCUUGAAGGACCAUGUGCAGGUGGUAUAAUGGAACCUUCAAGUUGUGCUGUACAAAUGGUACCUCUCCCCACGAUGGACAUGAGUAUAACGACUUUACAUGAAUGUGCCAUGGACGUGGGUGCGACCGCCGCGUUCGAUUUUACAGGUUCACCUCCAUUCAAAUUGGAUUAUACAGAGAAACGCAAAGGUGGAAAAGCUAGAGUAUUAAGUGAAACUUUCCAAACGAAUCAUGGAUCAGUCAUACUUCGACCUGAACAUGAAGGUGAAUAUACCUACACAUUCACUUCGUUAAGUGAUAGAAGAUAUAAAAAUGUAAAACUUGAUAAACCACCAAUCAAACAAACCGUUCAUCCAUUAGCAAAUGUAGAUAUGAUUGGUAGAAUAGGUAAUACUAAGAAACAUACAUUAUAUGCUUGUUCAGGUGAUCAAGUUGAUAUUGAUAUUGAGGCGAGAGGUAUCGCACCGCUCAAACUAGCUUAUAUCAAAUCGUGGUCUACACAUUCUGAAAAUGUUACAGUGCCAGUCAAUUCUGGUCGAUCAAAAAUAUCAGUCCCUGUUCCUCAAGAAUUAUCAGCGACUAGUGGCGCAAGUGGGAAAGUCACAAUCACAUUGUCAUCGAUUGAAGAUGGCAAUGGAUGUGUCAGGAAACUCAGUACACCUGCAAUAGAGAUUGAUAUCAAGAGGCAAAAACCCACUGCCAGGUUCGCAAAGAGUCAACAAGUCAUCAUUACAGAAGGAGAAUCUGCGAAAGCUGCUCUGAGAUUGACUGGUGAAGCACCAUGGGAUCUCACUUACACUGUUAAUGGCAAAGAUCGCAAAGUCACUAUACGUGAUCCCAACAAUCACCUGAGCUUUUCUGAGAAAGGAGUUUACCAACUUGUCAAGAUCAAAGACGCUCACUGUGAAGGAGAUAUCUCAUCUACUGACUCAACAUUUGAAAUCCAUUUUAAACCUCGUCCCGUUGUUUCUCUUCAACAGACUCCUGGAGUUAGUGUUGUGUCACCCAAUGCAUUCAAGCACAAAGAUUUGUGUGCGGGACAAGAACAACAAGUAGCCUUGCGAUUCUCUGGACAAGCGCCUUAUGAGCUAAAUUAUCGAUACACAUCAGAAGGACGAACAUCGAAACAUACCCUCAAAAGUGCACAAGAAACUGGUAUCUUACAUUUAUCGAAUGAACCUGGAAAUCAUCGAUAUGACUUCUUGAAUCUCAUUGAUGGCAAUUAUCCGAAUACAGAAGUGAAAAUCUCCUUAGAACAUGAAGUUCAUUCAAGACCAUCGGUAUCAUUCAUUAAACAAAAUACGAAACCAUUAUGUCUAGAUACACCUUUAAUCGGUGAUGCUAAAUUACAACUAAAAGGUGUCGCACCAUUCAAAGUACAUCUAUCAAUAAGAAAACCAGCUUCCACUUCAGUUAAAUCAUAUACUAUAACAACAGAAGAAAAAGACUGGACAUUAGACUUAUCUCAACAUGAAUUAAGCGAAAUCGGUAGACAUGAAAUAUUGAUUACAAGAAUAGAAGACCAAAGUGGAUGUGAACAAAUCAUUAAUGAUUCAGAUGAAUUAAGAACUACGAUAGAAGUUGUUGAAAGUGCUAAGAUAGUUUCGGUAGAUAAUAAAGUAGAUUUAUGUGUUGGUGACUCUUUGGAUUUCCUAUUACAAGGUAAAGCACCUUGGACCAUCGAAUAUGAAUGGCUCGGCAAGAAACAUAAAGUCACUUCGUCAGCAUCUAGGUUUUCCAGGUUUGCUGAAGAAAAGGGUGUUUUCGAAGUGAAAUCAGUCGCUCUAAAGGAUAACCAAUGUAAGAGACAAGUGGAAGGUAUGAAGAGAACCGUCCAUCCACUACCUAAAGCAAGUGUCGUAGAAGGUGAAGAUAGUUUAAGGGAAGGAGAUGAACCUGCUGCAUUCGCAGUUCAUUUUACUGGUCUACCACCUUUCUCAUUUACUUAUACGAGAUCAGAACAAUUUGGUUCGAAAUCAAAAGUCGUUGAAACGCAGACAAUAACGGAUAUAUGGGAAACCACAUAUACGAUUUCAUCCUCUUUGCCAGGUGAUUAUGCCGUAACGGCCAUUUCAGAUAAAUUCUGUAGAUAUCCACCUAUAUCAAGAUCGAAUAAGGAGAGAUAA